GUAAAUAUUUGUAAUUUGUGAAAACGAAUUCUUUAUAUAAUAAAAACUAUUUAAAAGUUAGCACCAUAAAGAUGAGUCCUAUUAUCAACAUUUUAUUUGCACAUUGUCGAAGCAAUCUUUAUUUGAUUAUUGGAAUCUGUGUAGGACUUAGUAUAAGUUUACUAUUUGCUCCCAUUGAAAUUAAUGACUAUCAAGACUUAGAAGAUUCUCUGCCAUAUUCUAUAAGUAACAACGAAGUAAUCGAUGAAUACGAGCCAAAAAUAAACGUUGAGGCUAAGCCACAGAAAGCCAAGAAGAUUCCCAAAGUAUUUGUUCGUCCUAGAUAUUAUUCAACAGAACUUGGCAUUCGUGACAAGAUAUUUGUUGGUAUAUUAACAAGCCCAGAGUACCUGCAUAGUCGAGCAAUCGCUUCAAAUAAAACUAUAUCACAUUUAGUUGAUAAAGUGCGAUAUUUCAUUUCCAUACCAGAAGGAACAAAACCAAAUGUAUCGUUGCCAGGCAUUGUCGGUUUUACAGAUACCAGAAGUAUUUUACAACCAUUUCAUGCACUAAAGUAUAUAAUUGACAAUUAUUUAGAGGAUUAUGAUUUUUACUUCUUAAUUAAAGAUACUAGUUAUAUUAAUGCAAGAAGAUUAAUUGACAUAGCUAAUAAAAUUAGUGUAAGCCAAGAUGUUCAUCUUGGAAUGAUUAGUGAGGAUGAUAAGUAUUGCUCGUUAGAUGGUGGUAUAUUAUUAAGUAAUUCUAUAAUCAGAAAUUUGAAAAAUAAUUUAGAUUGGUGCGUUAAGAUCACAUUUUCAUCUUCCGAUGAUGUUAAUUUUGGACGAUGCAUAAUGCACUCUACGUCAAUUCCAUGUUCGAAUAAUGUUCAAGAAGAACUGUUUUUAUCGAUAAAGUUAAAUGUAACUUUUAAUUAUGAAAAUAAUUUUAGAGAGCUCUCUUUACAAGAAGAUUUUCAGAACUCUGCGACUGUGUAUCCUAUAUACGAUCAUUCAGUCAUUUAUAAAAUGAAUACAUAUUUUGCAGAGGUUGAAUUGGUAAAGGUUCAAAAGGAAAUUGAAUAUAUUCGCGAGGAAAUAAGAAAGACUUCGAAUUUUACCCCCAAAAACCAAAAGGACUUAAGCUGGCCCAUCGGUAGCCAACCAGGAAAUAAAGCAUUGAAUCGUUUUGACAUUUUAAGAUGGACUUAUUUCAAUAUGACUCAUGUUUUCUUUUAUAAUGAUUUCGACACUAUAAAAGAAUUAGAUAGUAAUCAAAAGGAAGAUGUCGAUUACAUUGUAAAUGCAACGAUAGAAAGAGUUAUAAAAAAGUCUGAUAGAACAUUAAAAUUUAAGAAACUGCAUAAUGGUUAUUGGAAAUAUGAUUCAUCCAGAGGAGUUGAUUAUCUGCUCGAUCUUAGUUUUGUUACUGAUUCAGGAAUAGAAAUCAACAAGAGGAUAGAAGUUUGCAAGCCUUUGGGAAAAGUUGAAAUAUUACCCGUUCCAUAUGUUACAGAAAAUUCACGAAUAAACAUGAUCGUAACAGUUGACUUACAAAAGAAGGAAGAAGUUCUAAAAUUUCUAGCGCAUUAUGCUGAUACAUGCAUGGAUAAAAAGGACAAAAUUUUACUCACAAUAGUUUUCUUAUACAAUCCUGGCUAUGCAUCGAAAGGAGAUGACGAUAUUUAUUAUGAAAUUAAGCAGAGAGCAUUGUUUUUGACUGAAAAAUAUAAGAAAGAUCAAUUAAAAGUAACUUGGCUCUCAAUUCGGCUGCCCACUAUUUCCAGUCUGAUAGAGAUAGAACCGCUAUUUAAACUUGCUAUUGCAGAUUUGUAUGUUAAAAAGUUUUCUUCCGAUAAUUUGAUACUAUUCGCAGAUACUAGAAUGGAAAUAAAAUCCGAAUAUUUAAAUAGAGUACGCAUGAACACUAUUAGCCAAUGGCAAGUUUUUAGUCCAAUUCCAUUUAUACAAUAUCAUCCAGAUAUAAUUUAUUACGAUGAGAAAACUAAACACGUUGAUUUUGAUAUUAUUCAUAGUCACGGGCGUUAUGAUGAAUAUAAUUACGAUUCUGUAUCUUUUUAUGUAAAAGAUUACAUGACAGUGCGAAAAUCUAUAGAAAAUCAAGUACCUCUAGUACGAACUGACAAAGAUAUCGCUAAUAUAUUAAAAUUAUCAAAAACUAUAUCUAUUGGCUCAAUUUUCGAAAUGUUCGUUGUCUUCAGCAAUUUAAAUCCAUUCCGUGCUGUUGAACCAGCCUUAAAGCUUCGAUACAGAAAAAUUGAUUGUAUUGGCACAAGGAAUAACAUUACUCUUAGUACAUGCUUAAAGCAAAGAAAUCUUCAACUGGGAAAUCGUGGUCAACUAACAAGACUGAUAUUGGACUAUAAAGAACAUCAUUAAUCAAAAAUAUAUCCUUGAUUUUUAUAUUAUAUAAAAAGAACCAAAUUAUAUUGU